AAAAUCUCAUAUUACCAUUACAACAUCAUUUUUCUCUCUCUAAUCGUUCAUGGACCAAAAUAUGUUACCAUUAUUUGUUCUUUUAGCUUUUCCCAUUUUGCUAUUAUUCUUCAGAAAACGCAAAACAUCUAAGAAGCCAACCUUUCCACCAGGCCCUAGAGGCCUUCCCUUUAUUGGCAAUCUUUAUCAACUCGAUGGUUCUACUCUUUGUUUGAAACUCUAUGAACUCUCAAAAAAAUAUGGUCCCAUCUUUUCCCUUCAACUAGGUUCAAGGCCAGCCCUCGUUGUUUCCUCACCAAAACUGGCCAAGGAGGUAAUGAAAACCCAUGACCUUGAGUUCUGUGGGCGACCCUCCCUCAUAAGCACAAUGAAGUUUUCAUAUAAUGGGCUAGACAUGGCAUUUUCACCCUAUAGAGAUUAUUGGAGACACACUAGAAAAAUUUCCAUCAUCCAUUUCCUUAGCCUCAAGCGUGUCUUAAUGUUUUCCUCAAUAAGAAAAUACGAGGUUACCCAAUUGGUCAAAAAGAUAACGGAACAUGCUUCUUGUUCCAAGGUUACCAACUUGCAUGAGUUGCUCACGUGUCUUACGAGCGCUGUAGUGUGUAGAACUGCUUUGGGUAGAAGGUACGAAGAGGAAGGGAUCGAGAGAAGCAUGUUCCAUGGCUUGCUUAAAGAAGCUCAAGAAUUGACAGCUUCCACCUUCUACACAGAUUAUAUUCCUCUUGUUGGAGGAGUGGUUGAUAAACUCACUGGGUUGAUGGGUCGUCUUGAGAAAAUGUUCAAGGUGUUGGAUGGGUUUUAUCAGAAUGCUAUUGAUGAACACCUUGAUCCUGAAAGGAAGAAACUCACUGAUGAACAGGAUAUAAUCGAUGCCUUGCUUCAAUUGAAGAAUGAUCGUUCGUUCUCAAUGGAUCUCACUCCCGCUCACAUCAAACCCUUGAUGAUGAAUAUAAUUUUGGCAGGGACAGAUACAAGUGCAGCUGCAGUAGUUUGGGCAAUGACGGCACUAAUGAAGAGCCCGAUAGUAAUGAAGAAAGCCCAAGAAGAGAUUAGAAACAUUUUUGGCGGGAAAGAUUUUAUAGAGGAAGAUGAUAUUCAAAAGCUUCCUUAUGUUCAGGCAGUUAUAAAAGAAACAAUGAGAAUCUACCCACCAUUGCCCUUGCUUUUACAAAGGGAAACGAUUAAAAAGUGUAGCAUUGCAGGGUACGAAAUUCCAGAGAAGACAUUGGUGUAUGUGAAUGCUUGGGCAGUGCAUAGAGACCCAGAAACUUGGGAGGAGCCAGAAGAGUUUUAUCCUGAGAGAUUCCUAGACAGCAAAAUUGAUUUUAGGGGUUAUGAUUUCGAGUUGAUUCCAUUUGGCGCAGGCCGAAGGAUUUGCCCGGGCAUAAAUAUGGGAAUUAUCACAGUGGAACUUGUGCUUGCUAAUCUUCUGUAUUCAUUUGAUUGGGAAAUGCCUCAAGGGAUGAAAAGGGAAGACAUAGACACUGAUAUGCUUCCAGGACUUAUCCAACACAAGAAAAAUCCUCUCUGCCUAGUUGCUAAGAAGCAAGGGUGAUUUGGAAUAUUCAUGACAAUGCUAUAAUAAAAAUUAUUAGAAAAUAAGUCAUGUAGCCAUUAUUAUAUAAAUCGGAUAUAGGGACACUUAGCUUAUUUCAACUUAAUUAGUAAUCUUAAGUUCAAAUCUUGGAUAUGCAUGUCGAAUUACAUUAAAAGGUUUCCCAUAUAUCCUAAGCAAGAUUUGUAACACCCUCAAAUAUAAUAUGAAUAAACAUGCACUUUUUUUUUCUUUUUGUAAA